AUGGCAGAGCAGGGGAACACAGAGGACGCGCGAAGACACACCGCGGGGGGAAAGACCGUGCCGAGCAACGACACUCGGAGACGCCCCUCGAGGACAGCAGACGGCGCCACCUUCCAGAAACAGCAGUACUAUAACUCGAACAGCAAGUUUGCCUGGCCAGGGUACUAUGUCCCGCAGAUGUACUACGUCCCACCGGCGGGCGUGUCAGGGGAACUUAGCCCGAGUCCGCCCAGGGAGAUACGCGGGGACCCGCCCGUACAGCGGAGAGCCGCGACGAAGAUUGAGAUCACGACUAAGUCAGGGCAGAAACUCGAUUUGAAGGAGCUGGGCCACCAUCACCAGCACCAGCACGCGCACCGCGAGGAAGGUCCCGUGGGUGAAGUGACAUCGACUGCCGCGUCGGUGUCCGCGUCGGAGUCCCCAGAGAAGAGCAGGAGUCCAGAGAAAGUCGCUGCGCUUAAAGCGCAGGAACCCGCGACGGUGCCCGAGACAGCGGCGACGACGACAGAGGGUAGCAACGGGCUGUCGCAAGCUGAAUUGAACAAGAGGAAUUUUUUGGAGCAGGUGAGAUUGCGGAAACUGAUGUUGGAUAAGAAGAAGGGUAUCUUGGAGAAACCUAAAGUUGUGCCAGCUGCAACUACAGAGGAUAAACUGGGGAAACCGGAUACACAGCAGAAGGCGAACGGCGGUGCACAUGUACAGACAGUGGAGGAAAUUGUCGCGGCGAAGCGUACUGUUCAGGAGGGAUCUACAAACGGUGUACAAAACAAGGCUGCUACCCCAGGGGAGCAGACUGACGAUGUAGGAACUGCACACACAGAACCGAAAGAGCAAAUACUUACAAACACACCACAAAACGAGAAACUGAAACCUGAGGUCCAGGAAACUGCGAAGAUUCUUCCAGACGAGCAAAACCAGGCGGAAAACCUUGAUGUUCAAGAGACUUCAAGAAUUGCCAGAGACGAAGGGGUAACCGCAAAGAGCUCUCCAGAUCAACAAGACCAGGUAGAGGAACACGAGGUUCAAGAGACUGCAAAGAUUUCCCCUGAACAGCAGGAAACUACGAAGAAUCCUUCAGACGAACAAGACCAAGAAGAGAAGCUUGAGCCUAAAGAAAAUACAAUGAUUUCUCCAGACGAGCAGAAAACCUCAAGGACUCCUCCAGACGAACAGAAUGGAGUUUACGAAAAAUUAGACACUGCAAACACUGCAAAUCCUGCUGAACAAAAACCUGUACAGGAUGACGCUGGCGAGAAAUCCGAACAGACUGUCCCAUCGACAGAUGAAUCCGGAACGGUCAACGUUAAGAAAGUUGCUUUUGAGAAAACGGUGGAUGAACAAGAGACAAGCGCAAGCAACGAGAACAAACUCGCAUCGUUCAAUGUGACCCAGUUUCUUGACAAAUUAAACUCUACCCCAAAGAUCGAAGACAUUUUCAAGUUCCCAUACCCAAGUACAGUAGUACAACCAGAAACUCGCUACAAGUUGGACCAUAUCAAGUACGCGUACGGACCCUUGUUCUUGCUUCAAUUCAAGGAACCCAUUCGUAAAAUAAGAGCAGACUCGGAAUGGCUUCGUGACGCGCAGCAGAAAAUUGUGAUUACUCCAGCAAUGAAAAAAUCCUCCUCCAAUAGACAAGGGGGCGGCGGUGGCGGUGGCGGCGGCGGUUCGAGUAACCGGAAUAGUGGAUUCGGGUCUCGUUCUGCAUCCAGGAAGUUUGAUGAUAGAAAAUCAGGGAGGACGAGCUACACACCAAGGAGAGAAAGAAUGGAAAACGCUACACUGGGCAGGAACUCCAUGCGACAGAGAGAACCUCCAAAACCAGUUGAACCAGUCGCACCGCUGGUUCCAAGUGCCAACAGAUGGGUUCCAAAAUUCAAAGCGCAGAAGUCAGAAAAGAAACUGGCACCUGAUGGCGUAACGGAACUGCUUGACCAAGAGGAGAUAACGAGGAAAAUGAAAUCACUGCUGAACAAACUAACUUUGGAGAAAUUCGAUCCAAUUUCAAAAGAUAUCUUAGCCAUUGCGGAUCAAUCGCAAUGGGAAACUAACGGGGAGUCGCUGAGAAACGUGAUAGAGCAAAUUUAUUUGAAGGCAUGUGACGAAUCGUACUGGUCCUCCAUGUAUGCACAACUUUGUGGUAAAAUCGUUAAGGACUUGAGUCCAGAGAUGAGCGACGAAAAUUUCCCAGCAAAGACGGGGCCUAAAUUGGUAUUACACUACCUUGUGGUUCGGUGCCACGAGGAGUUUGAAAAGGGCUGGACCGAUAAAUUACCAACAAACCCUGACGGAUCCCCACUAGAACCGGAGAUGAUGUCCGAUGAAUAUUACGCUGCAAUGGCUGCAAAGAGAAGAGGUCUUGGUUUAUUAAGAUUCAUUGGCUACCUGUACAGACUGAACCUAUUGACUGGGAAAAUGAUGUUUGAAUGUUUCAGGAGACUAAUGAAAGAUCUGAAUGACAUCCCAUCUGAGGAUAUCUUGGAGUCUGUGGUUGAGCUUUUGACUACUGUUGGGAAACAAUUCGAACAUGACAGUUUCAGUACUGGCCGCGGAUCUUUAUCUGGCUCGGUACUAUUUGAUAAACUUUUUCAACAACUACAAGCUGUCAUCGAUGAAGGGAAAAUUUCAAGUAGGAUUAAGUUCAAGAUCAUUGAUGUGAUGGAACUGCGGGAUGACAAGAAUUGGCAUAGCGAAAAGGCUAAUCAAGGACCAAAAACUAUCAAACAAAUCCAUGACGAAGAAGAGAAGAUCCGUGCGUCGAAGGAGAAUUCGAGGGGAGGUUCAAGACGAGGAGGUAGUGGUUUUGGGAGCAAACAUGGGGGAAGUAGAAGAGAUAACUUUGGCAGUGGUAAGAGAGAUUUCUCUUCCAGAGACAGUAAUCCAUCAUCGUUCCAUUCUAGUAAAAAUCCUUUCCAAAGCAACAACAAGCCACCUCGAGGACGUUCUGCCAACAAUAUGUUUGAUGCACUAAGAGGUGCUGGCGAUAAUUAG